ACCCUGAAAAUGGGCAAAAACCAGCUCAGAAGAGCUAGGAAAAAGGCCCAAAAAGCCGAGAAUACUAGCCUUCCUAUUGUCAAAGAGGCAAAACCGGACCAUUCUCCUCCCCUGCCAGUUGCUACGUCUCAGGAUGUACCUGCUGAGACCAACACCGACUUGUUUCUCGAGCCAAACGAUCCAUUAUGGGAAAUGUACAAGGAUGUUGCUGGAAAGUUCACAGAGACAGCAAUCGAAGAUCUGUCUUCCAAAGAGUCAGAUAAACCUGAAGUCUUUUUUGAUGACGGCGACGAAAUUCCCGACGAGGAACAAGAGAGCGAGCCCAAGAUAUCAAAAAAGAAGCGAAAAGAGAUGAACAAGUUAUCGGUGGCUGAGCUGAAAACAAUGGUUCGAAAGCCCGAAAUCGUUGAAUGGACAGAUACAUCGGCCCCUGAUCCUCGACUUCUCAUUCACAUCAAAGCUCAUCGCAACGUGGUACCAGUUCCAUCCCACUGGUCACUCAAACGAGAAUAUCUCUCAUCCAAACGAGGUGUAGAGAAGGCGCCGUUUGCUCUACCGAAAUUCAUACAGGAGACGGGUAUAUCUGAAAUGCGCGACGCCGCUUUGGAAAAGCAGGAACAGGCGAGUCUCAAACAGAAGCAAAGGGAGAGAGUACAACCAAAGAUGGGAAAAUUGGACAUCGACUACCAGAAGCUCUAUGAAGCGUUUUUCCGCUUCCAAACCAAGCCAGAGCUGACUCGCUACGGUGAGAUCUAUUACGAGGGCAAGGAAUAUGAGACCAAUCUCAAGCAUCUCCGCCCCGGCGAACUGAGUGAUGAAUUAAAGGAAGCUCUUGGCAUGUCUCCGGGAGGCCCCCCUCCUUGGCUCGUUAACCAGCAACGAUUCGGUCCCCCGCCUUCCUAUCCCGCGCUGAAAAUACCCGGCUUGACUGCGCCGCUUCCGCCCGGUGCGGGAUGGGGCUACCAUCCUGGAGGCUACGGCAAACCACCAGUGGAUGAAAAUAGUCGCCCAUUGUUUGGUGGUGAUAUUUUCGGCUUCAUUGAAUCUCAGAAACACGCUCCACAGGGAGAGCCCAUAGAAAAAGACCUAUGGGGAGAAUUGCAGGGAUCAGAGGAGUCUGAGGCGGAAAGUGAGGCUGAAGACGAAGAUGACAACGAAGAAGAAGAAAUGGACGAAGAAGAUGUGGCACAAUCUCCCAGUGGGAGGGAAGCCCAAAGUGGAAUGAGUUCAACAGUACCAUCUGAAUUUGUUCGGGCUGAGAAUGUCUCUGGGGAAUUUGAUGUGCGCAAACAUCAUCGCGGUAUCGACACAGAGGAGUCCGUUCACCCGCGCAGCGCUUACCAAGUGAUCCCCGAGAGGCAAACGAAUGUGGAAGGCUUUUUCGGAGGUGACAGGGCAUACGACCUCAGCGGAUCUUCGGCUAAGCCUCCUAUCCUCGGUGUGGAUGACCAAACCCGGAAACGCAAGAAGCCUGGGGAUGUUGAAGUGUCUGUCGACCUGGAUGCAAUUCAAUCUGGCGAUGGCCUCAGCAAAGAUAAUCUCCAGAAUCUGUAUGAGUCUCAGAGGCAGCAGCAGAACCCACCAAAUUGGGGGUUCCAGGAGGACCUCAGUGACAUGAUUGCACAGGAGAAUCGCAAGCGAUUGCGAAAGGAAGAAGAAAAACGAGCAAAGCACUGA